AUGUCUUGCCAAAAACCCUGUGCUCCAUCAAGGCUCUCUGUUGGAGGUGGAAACUAUGGAACAUCUGUUUGCUCCUUCCCUGGGAGAGCUGGAGCUACAUGUGGUGCUCAAAGCUUUGGUGCUCACCAAAGUGGAGGUGCUUUUGGUGAUUUUGGUGUUGGGAGCUUGAGUGGAGGAGCUGUUGGUAACUUUAGUGCAGGCUACUUCGGUGGAGAUGGCCUCCUCUGUGGAAGUGAGAAGGAAACCAUGCAAAAUCUUAAUGACCGUCUGGCUUCAUACCUGAACAAAGUGCAGGAUUUAGAAGAUGCCAAUGCUGACCUUGAAUCCAAAAUUAAGGCUUGGUAUGAACAGCACUGCAAUGAUAACAAGCAAGUGAAGGACUACUCCAAAUAUUUCAAAAUCAUUGAGGAUCUCAAGAAGCAGAUUCAAGCAGCCACUCUGGAUAAUGCAAGAAUUGUCCUCCAAGUUGACAAUGCCCGUUUGGCAGCUGAUGACUUCAAGAUGAAGUUUGAAACUGAGUUGAGCCUCCGUCUUAAUGUGGAAGCUGAUAUUAAUGGCCUGCGUAAAGUACUGAAUGAACUCAACUUGAUUAUAUGUGACCUUGAAGCUCAGAUUCAAAGCUUGACUGAGGAGAUCGUGUGUCUCAAGAAGAACCAUGAAGAGGAAAUGAAGAGCUUCCUAGGGGUCACAGGACAACUCUCUGUGGAGAUGAAUGCUGCUCCAGGAAAUGACCUCACUAAAAUCCUGAAUAAUAUGAGAGCUGACUAUGAAAGCUUAGCAGAGAAAAACAGAAGGGAGGCUGAAGCUCAAUUCAAUGAAAUGAGUCGAGUCCUCAAACAGGAAAUUUCAUCUGGUACUGAGCUUAUCCAAUCUACCAGAAAUGAAAUUAUUGAUCUGAAGAGGACCGUUCAAUCUCUAGAGAUUGAACUACAAGCCGCCUGUGCAAUGAAAACAACACUGGAAAGCUCCUUGGCAGAGACAGAAGGAAGCUACUGUCUGCAGCUUGGGCACAUUCAGGCAAAAAUAAGCAACUUGGAGGAAAUGUUGUGUCAAGUUAGGACAGAAAUGGAGAGUCAAGGCAUAGAGUAUGACCACCUUCUGGACAUCAAGACUAGGCUGGAGAAGGAAAUUGAGAUCUACCGCUGCUUACUUGAUGGACAGGCCAUGUAAGAAGAGUUUUAUUAAGACAUUGGUACCAAUACUGUUAAAAAAAAUGAAUUCAUACUUAACUCUAACAAGCCUCAAAAGUACAGAAAAGUAAGAACCAUUAUUGAGGAAGUGGUUGAUGGAAAAACAGUGUCCCAGCAAGUUCAGGAACGUGAGGAGAAGGUCUGAGUAGUACCGUGAAGCCCUCCUGUAUCUUUUACACUCCGCUACAAUCUCCUGAACCUCUUCGGAUGAAGCUUACCUCUAGAGUUCUUUUUCUUCAAUUCUGAUAAUGCAUAAUAUAAUAAGAGAUGCUUGUGUCUUAGAAGGGUGAUUUCUUAUCAAUAAAGCUUUAUUCU